AUGGAAUACAAUGCCAUCGAUACAAAUCCACUUAGUGUGUAUGUUAUGCACCCAUUCUGGGACAGAGUAAUACAAUUAUGUCCCAUGUGGAUAGCGCCAAACGUUUUCACAUUUGUUGGUUUUCUCAUAACGAUAGCAACAUUUUUAAUACUUAGUUACUACGAUGUCAGUUUUUAUGCUUCCAGUCGGGAUUAUCCAGACACUCCUCCCAUACCGAACUGGGUCUUCCUCGUGGCAGCUUUUAAUGUUUUUCUCGCUUACACAUUGGACGGUAUAGAUGGAAAACAAGCAAGAAGGACUCAAACUUGUGGGCCUCUCGGUGAACUAUUCGAUCAUGGAUUAGACAGUUGGAGCACAAUGUUCAUCACCACUGCCUUAUACAGCGUCUUUGGGCGCAGUGAGCAUUCAAUCUCGACUAUAAGACUGUAUUUUGUCUUAUGGAAUAUAUUUAUUAAUUUUUAUUUAUCUCACUGGGAAAAGUACAACACAGGUGUUUUGUAUCUUCCCUGGGGCUAUGACAUCUCAAUGGUGCUAACCGUUACCUUAUUUCUCAUUACUGGAAUUUUCGGUUAUGAAAUUUGGAAGUUUGAUCUUCCUUUCAACAUAAGUGCUGGUCAUGUUGCCGAAUUUUUUUUUUAUAUAUCAGCUCUAGUCGUUAAUGUUCCUGUCAUUAUAAAUAAUAUUUAUAAGUCAUAUAAACUUAGAACUGGAAGAAUGUUAUCUUUCAGCGAAUCUAUGAGGCCGUUGGCUCCCGUAACAAUAUGCUUUAUUUUAGGAACUAUUUGGACGAUAGGGAGUCCAACGAACAUAAUUGGACGAUGCCCAAGAUGUGUUUAUUUCAUGACUGGAACAAUAUUUUCAAAUAUAUGUUGUCGACUAAUUGUUAGUCAGAUGAGCAGUACUCGUUGUGAAAUUUUCAAUUGGCUUUUACUACCCCUUUUUUUUGCAACAUUUUUUUCACUCAUGCUAUCUCCAAGUUCUAAAACCGCAGAAACUUCUCUUUUAUACAUUUUGCUGAUUUUAGUUACUCUUGCUCACUUUCAUUAUGGUACAUGUGUAGUGAGACAAAUGUGUGAUCAUUUUCAUAUAUACUGUUUUCGAAUAAAAAAAAAAGAAGAUUGA